UUGGCCAAUCAGGAGUCUCCAUUCCGGACGGCGCUGUGCCUUGCUGUGCCGCUAAGCUAAUUUUCUGGCAGAAAGCUAAAAACAAACCUCAUAAACCAACCGCACCUUCUGGUUUCCUGCUCCGAACAUCUCCAGGAGGAUCAGGGUCGGACUUUAGUCCAGAACCGAACCAUGGUUGGUGUUAAAGUGAUCAGCAGCGACCCGGACUUCCAGCCGGAGUUAGCGGCCGCCGGCUCCAGGCUAGCCGUGGUGAAGUUCACAAUGGCCGGCUGUCGGCCCUGCAUCAGAAUAGCUCCAGCCUUCAACAUGUUCAGCAACAAAUAUCCUCAGGUGGUCUUCCUGGAGGUGGACGUUCAUGUCUGCCAGGGAACCGCGGCGGCCAACAACAUCUCAGCGACGCCCAGCUUCCUGUUCUUCAGGAACCGGGUUCGGGUGGAUCAGUAUCAGGGAGCAGACGCCGCGGGCCUGGAGGAGAAGAUCAAACAGCACACAGAGAACGACCCGGGAAACAGCGAGGACUCCGACAUUCCCAAGGGAUACUUGUUUGUCAAGUCAAACCAGGGAGAGGAGGAGACGACAAAGAUCAACUACCUGACGUUCAUCGGCACCCCGGUUCAGGCCACUAACAUGAACGACUUCAAGAGGGUCGUCGGGAAGAAAGGCGAGAGUCACUGAGCAGCAGAACCCAGUCCAGGGAGGAUGAGGAGAAGAGGAAGAGGCUGCGGGAGGAAACCAUCCGCAGCGACCGCCAUCUUCCCUCCUGCUGCGGCGUUCAGACCUCAUUUAUAUUGUAACUCUGUUGAAAUCGCUGUAAAUAAAAUCCAACCCUUU